AGCGUCGCCUCUGUUUUAUCCACUGCUCUGGUUCAGACUAGAGAAACUCCCGUUACAUUGAAGAUUGGAACAUUUUGGAGGAAUGCAAACGGAGAAGGAGAAAGACCAGGACCAGGACCAGGACCAGCACCAGGACCAGGUCCAGGUCCAGGAGUCCAGCAUCAGGACCAGAGCGGGAUCUUCCUCUGGUCUGCAGAAACAUAAAGGCAAAGAGAGACCCACAAGUUUCCGUUGUGAUCACUGCAAGAAAGUCUUCACCACUUCAUCAGGUCUGAGAAAACAUAAGAUGAUUCACACUGGAGAUAACCCGUUCAGUUGUGAUCAGUGUGGAGCAGCUUUUACCACAUCAAGUCAUCUAAUGACUCACCAACGUAUACACACUGGAGAUAAACCGUUUAGGUGUGAUCAGUGUGGAGCAGCUUUUACCCAACAAAGUCAUCUAAGGACUCACCAACGUAUUCACACUGGAGAAAAAACAUUUAGAUGUGAUCAGUGUGAGGCAGCUUUUACUGCGUCAGGAAAGCUAAAGAUUCACCAACGUAUUCACACUGGAGAUAAACCGUUUAGGUGUGAUCAGUGUGGAGCAUUUUUUACCCAACAAGGCAAUCUAAGGACUCACCAACGUAUUCACACUGGAGAUAAACCGUUUAGGUGUGAUCAGUGUGGAGCAUCUUUUACCCAACAAGGCAAUCUAAGGACUCACCAACGUAUUCACACUGGAGAUAAACCGUUUAGGUGUGAUCAGUGUGGAACAGCUUUUACCACAUCAGGUAAUCUAAUGACUCACCAACGUAUUCACACUGGAGAUAAACCGUUUAGGUGUGAUCAGUGUGGAACAGCUUUUACCACAUCAGGUAAUCUAAUGACUCACCAACGUAUUCACACUGGAGAAAAACCAUUUAGGUGUGAUCAGUGUGGAGCAGCUUUUACUGAGUCAGGAAAGCUAAAGAUUCACCAACGUAUUCACACUGCAGAAAAACCGUUUAGAUGUGAUCAGUGUGGAGCAGCUUUUACUGAGUCAGGAAAGCUAAAGAUUCACCAACGUAUUCACACUGGAGAUAAACCAUUUAGGUGUGAUCAGUGUGGAGCAGCUUUUACCCAACAAGGUCAUCUAAGGACUCACCAACGUAUUCACACUGGAGAUAAACCGUUCAGAUGUGAUCAGUGUGGAGCAGCUUUUACCCAACGAGGUAGUCUAAUGACUCACCAACGUAUUCACACUGGAGAUAAACCGUUUAGGUGUGAUCAGUGUGGAACAGCUUUUACCACAUCAGGUAAUCUAAUGACUCACCAACGUAUUCACACUGGAGAAAAACCAUUUAGGUGUGAUCAGUGUGGAGCAGCUUUUACUGAGUCAGGAAAGCUAAAGAUUCACCAACGUAUUCACACUGCAGAAAAACCGUUUAGAUGUGAUCAGUGUGGAGCAGCUUUUACUGAGUCAGGAAAGCUAAAGAUUCACCAACGUAUUCACACUGGAGAUAAACCGUUUAGAUGUGAUCAGUGUGGAGCAGCUUUUUCCAGACUAGAUAGUCUAAGGAUUCACCAACGUAUUCACACUGGAGAUAAACCGUUCAGAUGUGAUCAGUGUGGAGCAUCUUUUACCCAACAAGGUCAUCUAAGGACUCACCAACGUAUUCACACUGGAGAUAAACCGUUCAGAUGUGAACAGUGUGAGGCAGCUUUUACCACAUCAAGUCAGCUAAAGAAGCACCAACGUACUCACACGAGUGAUAAACUCUAAAGAUUUGAUCAGUAUGAAGUGUGGAAUUGCAAAAAACACCUCAGCACAAAAAGCAAAAUAAUCAGACAACGUCAUACCUAAAACUUGAAAGACUAACAUAUGAUGCCCCCUGGACACCUCCUGGGAAGGUGUUCCUGGCAUGUCCCACCAGGAGAAGAGCCAGGACACACCGGAGGGAAUGUCUUUUGGCUGACCUGGGAACGUCUCUGGAUCCCUCCAGAAGAGCUGGAGGAAAUGUGUGGGGUGAGGGAAGUCUGGACAUCUCUGCUCAGACUGCUGCCCCCGCUAACCAGUCCCACAUCAAGUGGAUGAAGAUGGAUGGAUGGACAAAAUCCAUAUAUCUGCAAAAAGCACAAAUUUAUUGUUACACCAUUCUGAGAUACAGAAUGUAAUCUAAUUAUAGCAUUAACUAUUCCACAAACACUACAUUAGCGCAUCUCUAACAUCUCUUCCUCCUCUCCACCCCGAGCCACUGCCACCACUGGCUGAAGUGUUGCUACUGCAGGUUCAUCCUAUGAUGUUUCAUACGUCUUUCCAUGACUUUCGCACAGAUUAUGUAGUGGACAGGAAGUCAUCACCAUUCAUUUCACCAGUCGGACAUCACAGAAGGAAACCUGCUGAAUUCAUCUUCUACAACCUGUCAUGGUUUCCCAGUUGGGGAUAGGUUUUUUCCAUGAUCACUCUCCUGUCGUUCCAGAUCCUGCCACCCUCAUCAACCAGACAUCUUCUCUUUCCCCUCACCUGUGCUUCCCCGCCCAUCUGCACACCUGGUUCCCAUGAUCAUCAGUUCCCCUUUAUAUACCGGCCCAUUUCCACAUGCCAGUUGCCAGAUUGUCUAGCGUUCAUGCCUAGCUUUCCAGCAUUCCUGAU